CAAACUUGCCACACGAAAUUAAAUCGUUUAUUACUGAUAUGAGUUAACCAUUGGCUACGGGCUGACUAAGCGCCUAUGUACAAUUUCGAAAGACUGAAGUAUUCGUAACACCCAAAUACUACUGUUAUAUUAAAAUUUUCAAAAUGACGGGGCUACUCGCGUUUAUUCUCAUCUGUCUCUUUCUUUACUGCAAUUUUACGUGGGUGAUACCGAGACUACUGGCAUGGCUCGUAAAACGUCGUUACAAAAUUCACCUUAGAGUCGGCCACAUUUCCCUGCCCUACUUUAUACUGCGAGAUGUUACUGUUACCAAAAAUGGGUUUACUGUGCAAAUCGAAGAAAUUACUGUACGAAGCAGCUUAUUCAGCAGCGAUGUUGCUAAGCUGCUGGCCGUUGUAAUGCGCGACGUCCGUAUCAACAAAGAUGUCCCGGUUCAACCUUCUUAUCCAAAGAAAGAUAAUAACAAACCACUCGAUUUUAGAAACAAGAAAAUACCGCCGAUCAUUAUCACGUUUGUACAGUUCAUGGCUGUUCACGUCGAAAACCUGAGUCUUCUAGCCCUAGGGAAUGGUUGGUUGGCCAAUGGGAGUGCGGAGAGUCUAAGUUUGGAUGGUAGUGUUGUUCACGGGACACGGACUCUUCUUGCAUCUGCUGCUGUUGCUGGUGGGGCGAUGAAAUUAUUGCGACACGCAUCUGAUGCUUGUCUGGCACAGAUCAGCUUCGCAGGGAACAUUGAGGCAACGUUAAAGGCACAGGGGGAACUGUCUGUGGAGAAACUAUACAUAGGCGUGACUCAAACCGAGGGGUCUGGGGGGGCAGGUCUUCUACAAUUUUUCAAAGAUAGAAAAACUUUGACGCCCACUGAGCAGUCUAGCAAAGCACUUGAUCGUUUCACUGGACCACUGCUAGCUCGAUUGGCUCCAAUGAUACCUAAAAAUUUGACUGUGAAAAUGGGGAGUUCUUCAGUGAUUGCUGGGAGAGAAGAUGGAGGGCGAGUUGGCCUCGAGGGAAUGAUGAAAGGACUGCAUGUGAAUGCCAGAUUCCAACCAGCAGGUCCGCAAUUGUACUUAGCUGUGAAAUUGGAUGGACUAUCGAUUCGUGGAAAGCAGCCAGUCUUAACUCUGCAAACACUGUCAAUAGAUUCUAGGUUGGAAGAAGAUGUUUUACGGAUAGCGACCCAGCUACAUAAUCUCUCCGUGACUUUUGACUAUGCCGAUUGGGACACAGUGUUACUCAGCAGUAGCUAUGAUAUGUCAAAGCCAGACGUCGAUUUGACGUCAAACAAGAAUUUCUCUUGGCCUGGAAUACGAGCUAUAACCGAUCUGUAUGGUGGAAAUUUAUUCAUCAAAUUACCUGACAGUCAAGAAGCGUCGUGUGGUUUAUCUCACGUCAAACUUUCGCUGGAUAGAAUAGCAGACAAGACCAUGGAGUGGAACACAGAGUUGUCCGUCGAAUCUCUAAGGUGGACUCUAGACAGUGAAGAUGAAGGUGCUCCAGGAACUUCUCAUCGAUGGGGAAGCCCGUUAUAUGUUGGAGUAUUUCUAGCAACAACGCGUCCAAAUGCUGUCGGAGUAUUUCUCGACGAACUGAGGGCAGAAUGGAGCCCCAAGCUUGCAAGAUUCUUAGAGCAAAGCUUCAAGUAUUACAACCAGCGAAGGACAUUAUUACACAGGCAGUCAAACAUCCCAAAACAAGAUGAGAUUCAGUUCAACCUGAAAAUGAGAAAUUGCAAUUUGUUUUUCAUAGCUGAGAAUGAAUUAUCUGUGAUGGUGCGCAUGGAUUCCUCGAGCCUGGAACACAAUUCCGAUCAUUUUAUAGCUGUUGCCGAAGGUGUAUGUGCUAUAACGCUAGACAAAGAUAAACCAAUCUUAUGUGAACAUGCGCAAGCUCUUUCAAGUCCUUUCUUAGCCCUCAGGAAGUGCAAAGGAGCCAUUACAAACGGUAGUAUUAAUCUCAGCUUGGAUGGAUCCAGCUUGGCUUGGAGUCCCAACCUGCAUCUUAGACUACUGCAGCUUUGGCACGAAGCUGCAGAUUUUAGAACGAUAGCAUUCGCAAAACAGGGCGAAACUUUAACUACAGAUUCCGUAAAAACAAAGCGAUCUAUGGAUUUAUUAGCUACUGGUGGUAUUACCUUGUCAAUUGUGAUAUCGCCAAGGCAUUUCCUUGAGUUAUCUUUGGAUGAGCUUCGUUGGACUGCGGGUGAAUGGAGGUUUAAUUACUUGAGAGCUGCGCUGGAUAGGGCAGAUAUAUUGACAGUCGAAGGCGUGGAGCUUAUCCGAAUUUCUGAAAGUGAGGAAGUCAGAUUAGAAAGAGCGAAUAACGAGGGCUUUGACUUGGACUGGAACACGACAUGGGGCCUUUACAUAGAAUCGUGUAAAGCUUGUUUUCCUUACGAACAUCAGUACACAAAUGCCAUACAAAAUGAACUGAUGAGCAUCCGAAAAUGGCUUGACCAAAUUCAUGCACGAGAAUCUAUGGCGGAAAAGCAAUUGCCGAAUGACCUAGUGAUCAAAAUCAAGGAAUGGUUAUUUGAAGUAAGAGAUGAUCCUUUCGAAGUUCGCCUACGAGACAAUUACGAACUUCUUGAAGACGAGUACAAAGAAAGUUUGAAGCGACAAGCAAUGUUAGACUCCAAAGUACAAGAGUUGUGUAGAGCGCAUUUGCUCCUUCCUCAAGGUAAAGUAGACGAGCUCUACGCCAGUUUAAACAAAAAGAAUGCGGAAAUAUACGUUCAAAGAUGGAAACAAAUGCAGCGAGCUGGUCCUGUAAGAACGCGGCUCUGUGCCUGGACUAUGCAAGAUUUGGAAAUAAUAAUAUUAGCUGAUCCGACGAUUCACGGAACAGAAAAAGCGGUCAAGGCAUUAAGAGAAAUGGACCCUGAAUCUCCUUGGCCCGAGGACGGUCUUGAAUUUAGCACAUUGUGGGUGAGAGGGGUCUCUGUCAAAUGCACAGAAUGGAAGCUACAGUUACGUGAUUUCCCGCAACCACUGUUGUUAGUCGAGGGUCUAAGCAUUUGGGGUAGAUUAGCUGGAGCCGAGGCCUUGGCACCACCUCGAGCAAGGAGAACAGUUAGAAUUGAAGUCGGAGCUCCCUGGGACGAUAUAGUAGUAGAGCGAGGCAUGACGUCUCUGAAAUACUACCAUGACUUAAACUGGGACAUUGAUAAAUUCAGAUACGCCUUUGGACCUUGCUGGGAGCCUGUAAUUGCUCAGUGUAAUCUGAGCUUCGAAAAGAUCAUUCAUCCCUCGAGAGAUCCGAGUCCGCCACUUCCGUUCUGGGACAAGAUGAGGCUUUCUUUUCACGGCAGAUUAACGCUGUGCGUUAAACAAUUGACUAUAUUGCUGCAUGCCUCCCUAGAUCCGUAUAAUACGACCGAAGAGAUGGAAUUGACUUGGACAGGAUUGGAGUUGGAUUGGACUCUGGGAAGAAUAAUAAUCAAGGGUGACUUGGACGUCUGCGUUAGAACUGCAAGCAAAUACGACGACUGUCGGCUUUUGCACUUGCCUAAUGUCAGGAUGAGCGUCAAAUUGGCAUGGGUUUGCUUGGGGGAUCCUCGUGAUCACCACGCUGCUAUACCCUGCGCUCCAGACAGGCUACCAGAGUAUUCUAGCAAUCAGGAACAUGAUUCGUUCAGAGCUUUCAGAUCCCAGAAUUUGAAUGUCAGUCUUGCUUUAGAAACGAAACCAACUGGUUCCCCAACUUCAACCAGUGCUCCUAUUGCGUUGCUGUAUGGAAGCACCUUACGAUGGUUUGAAAGUUUGAAAUUCAUACUAUCAGGAGCUACCAGACCAACGCGAAAAGGACCACUCUUCAAAAACAUACGACCAAGAAAAAAGCAAUUGAGCAGACACUACAGAAAGGUCAGAUUGACACUGGCUUUUCAUAGAUUUCACGUAAGCUACUGGAUGUCGUCCUCCAUGCAACGCGGCUUUGAAGUUACAGGAGGAAGAGUUGGGUGCAGUUCAGAACACAAUUUGUCACUCUAUCCAAUCGAUGAUGGUUUAAGGCACAGACCAAGAGCUGAAUGGUCGGUGAUUUACAUGAACUGUGAGCUCAGUGAUGCAGAAAUUUGGCUGCAGCGAGCCCUACAAGAAGAAAAAGAGAGCACACCACUCCGACAAAAGGUUGAGAAAUAUUACUGCCUAAGUGUUGCCAGAGUUAGUUAUGGAAGGGAAGCCAAAAUUGCCGGGGUUUACGGCGAUACUCCGACACAUAGAUUGGUUGUACACGACCUGCGCGGAGCUUGGACGAAAACGAACAGAGACGUGGCGUUUGCACUGUUUGAUUCGUUUAUAAAGAGUCAGCAGCUUAAGAAAAAUCUCUCUACUGCAGCUCUCAAAGGUUUUCACAGGGAAAAAAAUACUUCAACACCUAAUAAAAACAGGACUAGACCAGUUGAUGGGCAGAGCACUCCAGUUCAAGUGACACCGUCACCAGUUACUAAACCUCAGCAGGGAGAAGCUGCUGGAAUGUUGCAAAGAUUGAUUGCCGAGGCCGCCAAUAAACCUAAAGCUUUUAGCGACGAUUUAUCUGGACAAACUAGAGGACAGCAGCUGCGAGGAUUAGCCGCAUGCCAUCAGGAUGAUGUGAUGCAUAAAAAUUGGUUGAUUGCACUGGUCAAUAGUCAAGUCCUCCUCAAAGGAAUCGAAACGCGUGGCUACGUCAUUCUUUCUGCAGCAAAGGCAGAGAUACUUCAGCGUGUUCACAGACCGGUUUGGAGGGAGAGAACGCUUGUUUCAAAAACAACGUGGGUCGGUUCUCUCGAGUGCAUGCAAUAUUAUGCCACAGUCAGUGCUAACAUUGACGACAACAUCGAUGAUAACAUCAUGUGGCUUACCCUCGACAAUAUUCAGGAAAAAGACUCAACUGUAAUAGCGGAGCUACCAGAUGUUCCGGCUCUUGUUGGAUCCGGGCAAAGUGUUGGCGGAGUGGUCAGCCAGACUGUUGGAGGAGGUGGCGGGUCUCAGCAUCAACUCCAAAGGAUUGUCUCUCGCUGCAAAUGUGAAUUCUUCUACGUUGGUUACGGUCAGUCUUUGGAUGCCGGAUGUCUUGACGAAGUUCCACCUCCUCCAGGCGAAGAAGUUAGUCCUUGGGAGCGUAAGGAGCUCUCGGCAGCUGACGCAUUUACAUUGACGCACCACGAUCUUGAUGUGUGCACAAACUCGCUCCAGUAUGCAAUGAUCCUAGAUAUUGUUAACAAUUUAUUACUGUAUGUUGAGCCCAGGAGAAAAGAGGCUCUAGAAAGACUGCAGAGAAUGAGAUUCCAAUUGCAGCUUCAUUCCGUUGAGGAUCAGAAACGACCCAUACAACAGCUUCAGAAUACCGUGCGGGGUCUAGUUGCAAAAUUACGCAGAUUGGAGAAGGAAACACACCUAUUUCAGAAGGCCUUGGCUGAAGAACCGAGUCCGGAACUACUGGAAGAAAAGGAAAGAUUAGAUGCAAGAGUUUACGAAUGUAAAGAACAGCUCAAUGCGCGUGCCGAAGAAUUAGAUGUUAUGUUAAGCUGUUACAAAGAGACAACCGCUCCAGCUGCUGCCUCGACAACAGUAAAGGAUAAACCAGCGGCAGUUGCUAGAGUGGCAGAGAUUUGUUUCAAAUAUGCACAAUGGAGGCUUACGGACGCUGAUGGGCAAUUAGGCAUUGCCGAUCUUGUUCUGAAAAACUUUCUUUAUACCAAAACAAGCAAGACUGAUGAUUCUGUUGAACAUUUGUUAGAAUUGGGUUACGUCAUUAUGACAAAUUUACUUCCAAAUCAAGUUUAUACUGAGGUACUCACUCCGACAGAACUCCAAAGUAACAUGCCGGUAGAAAGACAAAGAGCUCUCAGAGUAUUUUGUCGUGAGAAGGCACCAGUUGCUGGAAUAUCUGUAAAGGAACACUUUGAGAUCAAUGUUGUUCCUUUGACGAUAGGGCUGACUAAGAAAUUCUUUAAUACCAUGCUGAAGUUUUGUUUUCCGGAACGAGAUCCAGAGGGAAUUGAGGAACCACCAGCUCCCCAGAGAGAUUCCUCUUUUUAUGUACCAAUGGAACGGCGGGAUGAUGUAGAAAAGAUGAAAGAAAGAGCCGAUAAGAAUAAACUCUUCAUCUAUAUAAAAAUACCAGAAGUCCCUGUUCGAGUUUCCUACAAGGGUAACAAAGAAAAAAAUUUGGAAGAUGUGAGAGACUUUGCAUUGGUCAUACCUACCUUGGAAUAUCACAAUGUGACUUGGACGUGGCUGGACCUGUUACUGGCAAUGAAGAGCGAUUCCAGACGAGUUAUCUUAAGCCAAGCAAUAAAACAGAAGCUACAAAUUAAACCGAGAGGUCCUCAGCAAAAGGCACCCCCGCAAGAGGAAGACAAGGCCCGUCUUCUACUUGGAGCCAGGCAUUUGCCGGGUGAUGCACGUAAAAAAGGUGUCUUUAAGUUCAAGUAAAUAUUCUCUCUGGUUCAAGUAAGUUUUUUCCCUCUUUGGUUAUACGUAGUGGAUAAUUGGUAAUUUUAACUAUCAUUAAUAGCACUCAGGAUUUGUACAAUAAUUUCAUAUACAAUUAUAGUAUUUAAUAUAUAAUUUACGGUAAAUUUAUAAACCUCCCAUCGAUUAGUAAUGGCACCCAUUAUUUUUUUUUAGAGGUCUCUUAUUUGAAAUUUAUAUUUUUUAAUGCAACAACUUUGAGCAUAAGACUGUAAGUAAUACAAUUUUGGUCAUCGAGAAAUUGAAAGUAAAAGUAUGAUUAUGAAUUGAAAAUUUUUUGAACUCUUUACUUGCAGAGAAAACCACAUAAACGCAAAUAAAAAUUAACAAUUUCGAUGUGAAUAGAGUAUCCAAGGAAACAACUGAUCAAACUCCAGUGCAGACUACAAUUAUAGUAUUUCAAUGGGUAGAGCCAUAUGAUAAUUGAUGACAAGCAAGCAAAAUAAACUUAAUAUAUACAAGCUUUUAAAUUAUCACGAGUAGUAUUAAAGUAAUCGAUUAUUUUAUUUUUUUUACUCUAAUUUUUAAGUAAAGCACGUGGCUUGUUCACGAAAUAACAUGGAUAUGUACAUACAAAAUACUGAUUAAAAGGCGACUUGAAGCGUUUAUUUCUACCACUGAAAUAUGUCAAUGGGGUUUGUCUUUGUGACUACCCAAUAACGACAGAUUAAGACCCAGAUAAAUUUGCGAUAUACAUAUAGCAUGAACAAUUGGACACUUAUAUAAUAUACGUAUAAGGAUUUGAUUCUAUACAAGUACUUUGUACAGAAUUCUAUUUCGUACAGCUUUUUAAUAACACUACGUAGACUAGCGUCUCACAUUUACCUAAAUAUCAUCAAUGUCAUAUUCCAAUCAUAUUUUUAUUAAAUACAUGGUGAUGUGAAAUUUUAUGACCAUGUGACUCAACCACCAUAAAACUUUUUUCAACACUAUGUUUUUCUGUGAGGUUAAUCAAUCAUGUAUUUUUUACACAAAAUGUUUAAUGUACUGCAAUAUUUUACCACAGCUGGCUGUUGACUUAUUUAUUAGAUUAUUAAUAUAAUGUUGACUAAUAAAAUACUUAUUUAGGUAUUUACACAAGAAAAUGAAUUACCCAUUAUUUCUCUAAUCCUGUUGUAUCAUUGCCGUCACUACAAAUAUAUGUAUUAUAUUUAUAGGGAUCUACGCACUGAUCUGUAAUUUGUCUCAAGUAAUAUUUAAGUAGCAUUUCGCUUUUGGAUCACGAGAAUGAGGACGAAUGCAUUCUAUGAUCAGUACAAUUCGAAUUUCGCGUUUGAAAAUUAUAAAUAUGGUGAUAAAAUUCAUCAGUGAUAAUACACAUGAACUGCAUCAAAACCUAUUCUUGUAU